UUUCGUUCUUGUUCCUAUCUUUUAUAUUUUCAUAUCAACACUAGCAUGGCUAGAAAGAAGGUGAAACUUGCAUACAUAUCUUGUCACUCGAAGAGGAGGGAAACAUUCAAAAAAAGGAAAAACGGUAUACUUAAGAAGGUUAAUGAAAUCAGCACCCUUUGUGGAAUAGAAGCAUGUGCAAUAAUUUAUGAUAAAAAUAAUACUCAAGUAGAUGUUUGGCCUUCAGAGUCAGGAGUUAAAAGUGUAUUGUCAAGAUUUAUGAGUUUUCCUGAAAUGGAACGGAGUAAAAAGAUGGUGGAUCAAGAGGGUUUCUUGAGGCAAAGCAUAGAGAAAGUCUAUGAGCAGCUGAAGAAACAUAUGGAGGAAAGUAGGAAGAAGGAAAUGACAAAUCUUGUUGGUCAAUACAUUCAUACAGGAGAAUUUAAUGGCUAUUUAAUGAGUAAGAAUGAUCUUAAUGAUUUCUCGUCUUUUAUCGAUGAGAGUUUGAAGAAUGUCGAACAAAAACUAACACAAAUAUCAAUCGAAGGCAAAGAGGAAGUUGGAAAUGGAGCUGAAUCAAUAAAAAUAGAGGGACAGGAAAACAUGAGCGAUGCCACAAUAAGGUUUCUUAGUGGAGGAGAUCAUCAACAAGCAAAUAUGGAUUAUGUAGUCCAAGGACAAGAGACCAACAUAGGUGAAGCUAUGCAAAUUAAUUAUCCGCAAUGGCCUAUGGAUUUCCCCAUGCUGCCAUAUUUUUAUGAUAAUCUUGAUCAAAAUGGUUUUUAGUCUCUACUUCUUCAUGAUUCCUUUGAAAAACUAUGCUCUUUUAUUGUUUUAUCCCUUAUAUAUCUGUGUUUUAUAGUUGGUCUUUAUGCA